AUGUCUACGACAGCUGAAUCUAAUGCCAGCGACAACAUCAGCUCGAACGCCAACAACAAUGGUAUACCCAGCCCCCACACCAAUAUCAACGGCUCUACUGAGGCCCAAGACAACACCGACACUACCAACAUAGACCCCGAACCUAGUAACCCAGAACUAGAGAAUGCCAACCCCCCUAAAAGCAAUACAUCCGAGAUUCUCCCACCCAACAACCUCCAACCUCCAACCGUCUCUCCAGACAUCGCGCCCGCAACUCCUCAACCUCAGAACUCGGAGCUGGACAAACCCCUUCCGCUAACCUACUGGUUACUUACCGGCGGCACCGGCGCACCGCCCUCGACGGGUAGUUUCCUGCGCAUGACAAGCGAACGCAACGCCGUAACCCGAGAGGCAGAAGCGCGAGUAAUUGCUCGACAGAAGGCCCUUGAGGAGCGUAGGGCAUAUCUCGCUCGCUGGGACGAGGAAUGGGGCCCCGUGGGUGUUAAAGGACUACUGGCUAGAGUAUUUAGGGGUAAGAAGCGGAAAACCCAAACAGGUUAG